ACGUUUUUUUUCAUUUAGUUUCAUAGAAACUGUCAAAAAGUUACUGAAUAUUUUUAACUUAAAUUUUAGAGGCUUCCGUAUUAUUUAGAAGUCAUCUCUGGUGAUUCCACAAUAUAAAAUAACAGAGUGAUUAAUAUUAUCACUCACAAUGAGUUUGGUUGCAAACACUGGCAAGUUAGCUGGACGGACGCUGUUCAUAACAGGUGCGUCGAGAGGUAUCGGCAAGGCAAUAGCUCUGAAGGCGGCCAAGGAUGGCGCCAACGUCGUGGUUGCGGCUAAAACUGCGGAACCGCAUCCAAAGCUUCCCGGGACUAUUUACACCACUGCUGAAGAGAUUGAAGCUCUUGGAGGAAAGGCCCUGCCAUGCAUUGUGGACGUGAGGGAAGAGAAACAGGUGCAGAAGGCUAUUGAUGAAGCUGUCAAGAAGUUCAAUGGGAUUGACAUCCUUGUGAACAAUGCCUCAGCAAUCUCCCUGACGGGCACCGCACACACCGACAUGAAGCGCUACGACCUUAUGCACAACAUCAACACACGGGGAACCUUCUUGGCGUCUAAGCUGUGCUUGCCUCAUCUGCAGAAUAGCAACCAUGCCCACAUCCUCAACCUGUCUCCACCCCUCAACAUGAACCCUUACUGGUUCUCGAUCCACGUUGCGUACACGAUGGCGAAGUACGGCAUGUCGAUGUGCGUGCUCGGCAUGAGCGAGGAGUUCAAGCCGUACAACAUCGGCGUCAACGCGCUGUGGCCGAGGACUGGAAUAGCAACUGCCGCGAUCGAGAUGCUGACCGGAGACACGUCCACCAGCCGCAAGCCAGAGAUCGUGUCCGACGCCGCCUACUUCAUGCUCUGCCAGGACCCCAAGAAAUACACUGGCAACUUCGCCAUCGACGAAGAUGUAGUGAAGGAAGCCGGCGUCAAAGACCUCACUCCUUACGCCUGCGAUCCCAAGAACGUGAAUAACCUGCUAAUAGACGGUUUCCUGGACGAUCCUCUCUCGAUGAAACACCACGCGAGCAUCUCCACCGCCUCCGUCCGACGGUACCAUACCUCCGCCGUCAGCUAUAAGGAGGAUAAGCCCGCGGCCGGCGGCCAGAUCCCGGAGCUGUUCGCGGCCAUCAGCAAGAACAUGUCCGCCGACCUCGUGAAGAAGACCCAGGCGGUGUUCCAGUUCAAUGUCAAAGGCAAGGAGGAGGGCGUGUGGCACCUGGACCUGAAGAACGGCGACGGCGCGUGCGGCCAGGGCGAGCCCAAGCACGCCCCGGACGCCACCCUCACUAUGGACAGCAACAACUUCGCUGACAUGUUCGCCGGUAAGCUGAAGCCUACCACGGCUUUCAUGAUGGGCAAACUGAAGAUCAGCGGAGACCUGCAGAAGGCAAUGAAGCUCGAGAAGAUGAUGAAGUCACUCAAAAGCAAAGCUUAAAGUAUUUUAACAACAGACUAUAAGCUAAACAGCAUACAGUAACUCCAAUCACUGAAAACAUUUCAAAUAUUUACUAAGACAUAAAGAUCUAGGGAUAUUAUGAUUUGCAACGUUUAUAAGCUCAAACACAUAGGCUAAUGACAAAGAUGUAGCAACUUCAGUAUUUGAUUGUUUUUUGUUGUAAAAACUUGAACUUUUGGUUGUACCUUGUAUGUAUGUAUAUUGGUGUGUAGUGUGAUAGUAUUUUUGUUACAGUUAAAUCUAUGUUAACAAAUGCUAUGUACAGAUUUAAAUCUAUUUAACUAUAAAAUGCGAUUGAGACAAUACGAAACUAUAGGUAUGGAUGUAAAACCUGUGCUUACUACUUAUCAAAUGGUGCCUUGUAUAACUGUCAUAUACCUAACAUUAUACCGUACCAAUAAAACAUAAGUACCGUUAAACUGCCAAAUAAAAAUGCACUAAACUAGACCUAGUGGAGAUUUCUAUUGAUGUUUAUGUAAAAUAGGUAAAUAUUUUAUAUGAUUAAAAGUCCAAGAUUUUAUAUUGAAAUUGAUAUUGUUGUAAAUAAAGUGCAUUUUUACAAAAAAA